AGCAUAAGGAGGAUAGUCAAUUUGGCCCGGCGCGUUCCCGCGUCGCCAGGCAACGCCAUGGCGGAGGAUGCCCCGGCCGCGGAGGGCGAGACGACCAACCUCAACGAGAGCACCCUGGAUUGGCCGGUGAAGCAGCGGUCGUGCACGGAUGCUUGGUGCCUCAUUGUCUACCUCGCCGGCUGGGCCGGGUUUGGCUUUGUCACCAUGCUGGGCUUCCAGGAGGGCAACCCCACCAAGUUGUACGCACCCCGUGACUAUGCGGGUAGUUACUGCGGCGUGGACAGCAACUGGCAGACGGGCUACAACCUGAAUGGCUUUCCAAGCCUCAGCUUCACUAUGAACGUCACGGCCACGACGGACCUGAUCGUGAAAGAGCUGAUUUGCUCGGCGGCGGCACGGGAUGCAUUGACCUCCGGCACCACGCCACUGCUGAGCACCUUUGAAGCGCGGCAGGCAUACCUUUGUGACUGCUGCCUCUCACCCUGCGAGAAGUGCAGCGGAAGCUACAAGACGGACAAGUUGGAUGGCAGCAACGUUCAGGGCGCCAUCUCGGGGAAGAUGUCGGAGCUCACGGGCGGCGCCAACUCGCUCUUCGACCCCAGCGGCGCCAACGGUGACUUCUUCACGAACAUUUGGAGCCAAGCGACGAAGUACUUCAACAUGGUUUGCCUGACGAGCUGCGAUGUGAGCUUCGAGUCUGUGAACUCUUCCUCGCGGUCCUGGACCUACGAAAUGGCGCCAGACAAUCCCCUGGCCUCGUACUGGGCCCUGCUGAAAGCAAGCGGGCCGACCGCCAUCAAGGACACCAUCAGCUCCUCCUUCACCUUCAAAGCCUUGCCCACCUCCGUCUGCAAUUACCCCGAUUCGAAGUGCGUGCCGAUGCCCGGGGUGAAGUUCAGUGAGACGGUGCCGGGAUACUGCAGUUUCGGCAUGACGGAGGUGGUGACCAAGCAGCUCGGCAGCGCCAUGUCGGAAGCCUUCGGCUCCAUCAGCACGGAGGCCUUCCAGAACCAGCUGGCAGACUUCCAGAACUUCGGGACCCUGUUCGGGGAGGCCAUCAAGACCGCGGAUACCUUCGCCCUCACGGCGGUCAGCUGCUUGAUCAUCGCCUUUGUGUACCUGAUUCUGCUUCGGUUCCUCCUGGGCACCUGCGUUUGGACAGCUUUGUUGGCGGUGCUGGUGUUGCUCCUGUUCGGCGGCGGGCUCCUCUUCGCCCGAGCCAGCCAGUGUCAGGGCGCGGAGUUGUUCGACACGGGCUUCCAGAUGGUGGUGGCCACAGCCACGUACGUCCAGCACCAUGCUACCAGUACCUUGCAGCAAGCUGUGGACCCCAACAGCUACGAGGUCUUCAGCGAGGAGCUUGUUGGCGAUGGCUACAACUACACAGGAGCGCAGCUGCGGACGGUGGACGGCUACACUUGCAUCCCGUGGGGUACCAACAACACGGAUGCCGAGUACUACACACAGGAGACCUUUCCGAACAACGACCUCCGUGGCAGCUACUGCCGAAAUCCGUACGACGCCUCCUCGGCGACCGCGGACAGCAAGGCGAGGACCAUUUGGUGCUUCACCUCGGACACCCAGGUGACGUGGCAGGAGUGUCGGCCCAUAGGGGUGAUCCGACCCCCCUGCCAAAAUGGCUACGCAGUAUCAGAUGAGACGAUUCGGCUGGUCAUGGAGUAUUGCGGGUACGCUGUGUGGGUGAUGGGCCUGCUGUACCUGUUCCUGAUCCUCUGCUUCUGCAGCCGGAUCCGCGAAGCCAUCGCCAUCAACAAGGUGGCGGCCAUGUUCGUGGCCAGCAACCCCACGGUGGUCGUAGUGCCCAUCGUGCAGGCGGUCCUGGCAGUCGCCUGGAUUGGGAUCUGGGUCUUCUGCGCUUCCUUUCUGCUCUCCCAAGUGCCGGCAGACUAUACGCCAACCGGCGCUUACGCCACCUACGCGGAGGCCUAUGGCACCUCCACCACGCCUGGGCAAUGCACAGGCAAGUGGCCCACCGGAUUCGUGUACAAGGACGAGGACAACUGCGAGAUGUCGAACGGGACAGCCAUGUGCUGGAAGUGCGCCCAGCCGCGGUAUGCCUUCGACUGGCGCUUUGCGUGCUCCUUCUUCAUGCUGCUGUGGAACAACGCCUUCAACAUCGCCUGUGGGCAGUUCAUUGUGGCGGCGGCCGCGGCGACGUGGUUCUUCAAACCCAACGAAGAGAAGGGAAAGAAAGGAGUCACGGGGCAGGCGGUGGGGAUCGCCUUCCGGUACCACUUGGGGUCCUUGGCCUUCGGCUCCUUCGUCAUCGCGGUGGUGCAGUUCAUUCGUUAUGUGAUGAUGUACCUUGAGAAGCAGGCGCAGGCGCAAAAGAACAAGGUCGUGGCGAUGGUCCUAAAGCUCCUGCAGUGCUGCCUCUGGUGCUUGGAGAAGUUCCUGAAGUUUGUGAGCAAGAAUGCUUACAUCCAGAUCGCCAUUGAGGGCUUCAACUUCUGCACGGCUGCCCAAAAGGCGUUCUACCUCAUCUUGAGCAACGCGCUGCGCUUCGGGGCCGUGGCGCUGCUGCUCUCGGUGAUCAAUCUCGUGGGGUAUCUGUUUAUCAUUGCUGCGACGGUGGCAGUUGGCUACUUGCAGCUGAUCAACAUGCACCCCGACGCCUCGCCAAUCAUCCCCAUCGUAAUGUACGUGGUUUGCGGCUACACGGUCUCGCACCUCUGCAUGAACAUCUAUGGCCUGGCGGCUUCGACCUUCCAGCAGUGUUUCUUGCUCUGUGAGGAGAACAAGGAGAAGAUUGAAGGUCAGCAUGACUUCAUCCCAGCGCAGAUGCUUUCAAUGCUGCAGCUCGAGCCAUUGGAGGAUGAAGAGCCGAGAGAGAAGGACAAGGAAUGAGUGGCCAGCAGCUGGCCCUUCGAGGAUGGAUGCAAGAACGUGCUGGACGUAGCCAAGCCUCCAAGUUCCUUUUUCUCUUUUGGGUUCGGA